AUCGUCUGACACAAGUAACUUACUCUGUUUCUUCUUUCUAAAUUUUCUCUCUUUUGUGCAUAUCCUAAUAUCCAUAUCUCUAUCUCUCUCUAUAUAGAAAGGCAGAGAGAGAGGGAGAGAGCCUGAGAGGAAGAAAAAUGAGUGAGUUCAUGCCAAAUUUUGGGGUUUUCCAUGCUUACUUUUCCAUUUGAGUCGAAACAAAACAAAACCCAAAGAAAAGUAGUGAACUUUGUCCAUCUUCUCACCCUUUCCUUCCAAUUUUCUCUCUGUCUCAGAGUCCAAACAGAAUAUACCCUGAAGUGCUGAAAGGAGUGAGCUUUGUUUGGAAAUCAGGAAAAAUUUUGGCGGGUAUUGGUCUGUGAUUGGAUAGGAAGAGAAAAAUGAGUGAGAAAGAUGAUGGGUUGGGGUUGGAUUUGAGUCUAAGCUUUGGGAUUACACAGAAUCACCAGCAGCAACCUUGUCUGAAGAAACUAUUCCAAUCAUCUGUAUUGGAAGCAGGGGUUUCAUCCCCAAACAGCACUAUUUCAAGUUUAAGUGGGAAGAGGAGUGAGAUAGAGACUAUUGGAGAGGAGAAUGAGGCCGAGAGAGUCUCCUAUUCUUGUGGCAGUGACGAUGAGGAAGGUGGUAGCGGUGAGGGCAAUGGGUCAAGGAAGAAGCUCAGGCUGUCAAGGGAAGAGUCCAUGGUCCUUGAAGAAACGUUCAAGGAACAUAGCACACUCAAUCAUAAGCAAAAGGUGGCUCUGGCAAAGCAAUUGAAUCUGAUGCAAAGGCAAGUAGAGGUGUGGUUUCAGAACAGGAGGGCCAGGACCAAAAUGAAGCAAACAGAAGUGGAUUGUGAGUACCUGAAGAGGUGCUGUGAGGAUCUGACUCGGGAGAACAGAAGGUUGCAGAAGGAGGUUCAGGAACUUAGGGCCUUAAAACUCUCCCCAAACCUCUACAUGAACACGAAACCUCCCACCAGCCUCACCAUGUGCCCUUCAUGUCAACGUGUUGCCGUUUCGUCGUCGUCGUCAUCCUCCUCCACCACUGCUGCAGCUGUUUCGACAAUUCCCUCUGGCCACCAGCCUGUGGGUUCCAAUGGUCAGAGGCCAAUAACUAUCAGUCCUUGGGCAGCAUUGCCAAAUCAACAGCGACGGUUUGAUGCCCCUACUUCCCGGCCAUAGUUGUAAGCUCGGGUUAAUGACAUCACGGAUAACCCAAAAGGAUGUAGGAUCAUGGGUUCUCCUUUUCUUUUUGUUAUUUGGGGACAAAGAUGAGACCAGUAAUGGUUAUUAGGAUGUGACUUCUGUUUAGGUAAAACCUUGUUUUGAGAGAGGGAGGGAUUGUAGAUAGGGUGGACUAGCUAGAGAAGGACUUGGUGAUAUGAUAUGGGAAAAAUGUUCUUUGUUUCUUCUGGUAUAGGAAGAGUGAGAUUACACAUCAGAGAUGCUAAUGAAAAGAAUGAUUAUGAA